AUGGCGUCCUCUUUCCUCAAGCACUCCAUUGCCGCAGUCGCCCUCGCACACGCAGUCAGCUCCUCGGACUUUAGGCCAGGCGAAAAUUCACCCGCUCCCUAUGAUAUCCCCUUUGACACUUGGAAAACCUACAUGGACUUCCCCGACAUCACCAACAACAUCGACAUGACUGGCCCAAAACUUUCCAACUCGACCAGCCUCGGCACUCAAAAGUGGAAUCUGUCUAUUCUUAUCUCAGAUGAUGUCCCCUUGAGAGACAGUCCCGUGGAGCCCGACAAGGCGCAGAAAGUCUUCACUGGAACAAAGAUCGGCAUCGCACCGCCUUCUGGGGGCCAGAAUGUCCCUGAUGAUACUCAGUGGAACGCUUGCGCCUUGAUCAUCCGACCGGGGUUCAAAACCAGUUCCGAGAUGACUAAGCAAAUCGGAAGUGAUGGCUGGAAACAUUGCCAGUUCGUGUCUGAGGAAUGCAAAACGGCCUUGAAGCGAGUCACUCUUGACGCUUACCGGCUCAUCAACAGCAGAACCGACCCAUGCGCAAUCGGUAAUUGGGCACUACCAUCCUCUUGCAAUGACUACUUCACCUGGUACAGUUACACACAACUCGUUGUCAAUCAGUCGACUCUUGUCAACGGUGGACAUGUGCUCGCUUAUGGCGACGAUCCUCACAAUCCUACGAAUCAGGCAUUUCUUUCGGCCGCCCGUGACAAGGUUUGGCCGGUGAUUUUGACCUGGAGGCAAGCCACCUUGGACAAGGACAAGAACACUGUCAAACAUCAAUACGUACAAAGCACCUUGGAGUGCAUCAGCGGUUCCAGCUCUCGCGGCUCCCGCACCGACCGUACCGACCGUACCUCACCUAACUCUGCUCCCGGCAAGGUCCGGUCCCUUUCGAUGCUUGCUGUAACCGUUGCGACAGGUCUCGCCCUGAUAUAA